AUGGUCUUCGAAGAUGAAAGCAGUGACUCUCAGUCCAGCCUUGUGUACGUCGACUCCUCCUCCUCCGGCGGAAUGCAGUUCCAGAUCCCUGCUAGCAUUGAAGACCUAGACUACAUGGGCAUUGAGACAACACCCCCAGUCCUGUGCGAGCACCACCGUCUGCCAGCUGAGAGGAGGGUUGCAUUCGAGGCAUUUCACACUGGCAGGAGGUUCUUAGCCUGUUCAAAGAAGGGAAAUGAGAACUGUGGUUUUGUUCAAUGGGUUGACCCAGAGUGGCCUCCUACAAUGCAGAAUGCUCUGUUGAAGCUAUUGGAGUUGUAUUCAAACAGCAGGAAAGACAAAAACAACCUGGAGGCCAACUAUGACAAAUUGGUUGAAGAUGUGCAUCAACUUUUCAAUGCUCAAGAGGAUAGGAUGAUGGAUUUCAGCUACUUGCCGUCCAAGAUGAAGAACACUGAGGUUAGCAGCUCAGUUGUCUUUGAUAUGAGGACAGAGAUUGAGAAGAAAGAUGCAGAGAUCUUCGAGCUGCAAGAGAAGUAUGAAGUGCUUAUGAACAUAACAAAGGCUCAAGGCACUGUCAUCCAGAACCUGAAGCUCAACCAUUUGAAAGAGAAGGAAAAGCUAAUCCAGGAGCACCACAAUGAUGCCAUGAAGAUGUUGCAGCUUAGGGUUGAUGAACUCACUAAGUCUAAUGAGAAGCUAAUCCAAGAGAAUCACCAGAUUGAGCUUCACGGUGAUCUCAAGAAGGGUCAUCAGAAGCUCUUUGCAGGCAGAGAUCAGCUCAAACUUCAUAUUGCUGAUUUGCUCAAGGCGGAGGAGAAGAAUAAGCAGAAGCUGAAGGGGAUCCAGGCCAUCUUGGCUGACUGA